AUGGAAAAGUUCCUGAAGUUCGCUAACUUCUUCUACCUACUCGUUGGCAUAGAGUCCUACACAAAGAACUUAUCCGAUGAUAGAGUCAACUUGAGACCCAGCAUCCUUUUUUUGGCAAAUGUGAUCAACUUGAUCCUUGUCGGAACCUGUGAAAGCAUUUACGUCCGCAGUGCCUUCAAGGAUGGAAAGCUCCUGGAGGCCGUCACUGUGAUGUCUUACGUUGGCUUCAUAAUUGUGGGCAUGAGUAAGAUGCUCUUCAUUCGGUGGAAGAGGGCUGCCAUGGAUGAGAUGAUGAGGGACUUGGAAAAGCUCUAUCCACGUGGCAAGGUUCAAGAGGAGAGGUACGACCUACCGAGAUACUUGCGAACGUGUUCAAGGAUAAGCCUCAUCUACUCGACGCUCUACUCCGUUCUCAUCUGGACCUUUAACCUGUUCAGCAUUAUGCAGUUUUUGGUUUACGAGAAGUGGCUGAAAGUCCGCGUGGUGGGCAAGACCUUGCCCUACCUCAUGUACAUUCCCUGGAAAUGGGAAGACAGCUGGUCUUAUUACCCAUUGCUUCUCUCCCAGAACUUUGGAGGGUACACCGCGGCUGCAGGACAGAUAUCCACGGAUCUCCUUCUUGUCGCUGUGGUCACUCAGUUGGUAAUGCACUUUGACUGUCUUUCAAGUACGAUGGAGAACCACCAGCUUACUGGAAAGUGGCAGGAGGAUUCCCGAUUUCUGCGGGAUAUAGUUCGCUACCACGAGGGGAUCCUUCGCCUGGCCGACGUGGUCAACGAUAUAUUCGGAGUUCCGCUGCUGCUAAACUUUAUGGUUUCCUCGUUCGUAAUUUGCUUUGUGGGAUUCCAGAUGACAGUUGGUGUUGCGCCGGACAUGAUCAUAAAGCUGAUGCUGUUCCUCUUUAGCUCGAUGAGCCAGGUUUACUUGAUUUGUCACUACGGACAAAUGGUGGCUGAUGCGAGUUCUGGUAUGUCGCUGGCCACUUACAAUCAGAACUGGACUCAUGCGGAUGUCCGUUACAAGCGAGCCUUGGUCAUUAUUAUGGUGAGGGCCCAGAAGACAACUUAUCUGAAGGCCACUAUCUUUUUGGACAUUACCAGGGCCAGCAUGACAGACCUUCUUCAGCUAUCGUACAAGUUUUUUGCUCUGCUCCGAACCAUGUAUGUCCAAUAA